ACGACACCCGCGCCCGUCGCUCCCCCCGCCACCACACCCCAUUGUCCCUCAACGCUGUACUCACAACAGUGCGCUCUUACUGAUAUACUUUUUGCGCGAACUUUGCUCGCGCGACGCGUCUUCACAUCGCGUAACGGCAGAUCUGAGCGCGGUGGAGAUCUGCCACGGAAGGCACGGCCUAGAAAUCAGUAGGCGCAUUCCCAGUCGCGCCUUCUGCUCUCGAGAGACGGCAACAGCGCCUGUUUGCGCUUGUUCCCCUAGCUAGACGCUCCCUCCAAUCCAGAGCCCACGUUUGCCCGCGCAGCUGCUUGCGCAACGGCCUGGAGCCCUCCGUAGAGAGAUUGUGACCCUGCCUGAACCCAUUCUUUAAGCUACUGCACCCAUCGUGCGCCUACAUUGAGCCCAUAUCACCCGCGUCAGACAUCAUGGCCGACGAGACCCGCCGCUCUGGCCGCGCCAACAAGGGCCACCACAGGAACAGAGAUCUGGACGAGUCGACCACCGCGAAGCCCAAGGGCAAGGCCGGCAAGGGCAGCAAGAAGGCUGCGACGCCAGUCGAGACACCAACACAGUCUGUCGAACCCGAGGAAGUCAACGAGGAAGACGAAGACGGAGAAGAAGAAGAAGAGGAGGAGGAGGAGACCAUCUACCGCUGCGUCUGUGGCGUCCAGCGCGAGAUCGGUGGACGCGACAUGAUCUGCUGCGAUAAGUGCGAUGCCUGGCAGCACAAUGUCUGCUUGGGCCUGCCCUCCAGCGCCGAGUGGGGCGAGAAGCCGUACUUCUGCGAGCAGUGUAACCCACAAGACCACAAGGAGUUGCUGGCUGCGAUGGCGCGCGGCGAGAAGCCCUGGGCGCGCAAGAAGGGCUCCAAGACCAAGUCUCGCGCCAGCGACGUCAAGGGCGAGUCACAGACGCCCCAGCCCAGCAGCGCCCCAAAGCAAUCUGAGCCCAAGCCCUCUAUCGAGGCGAUCCCCACGCCUGCGCCAGCAGCCAAGGAAGGUGCAAAUGGUGCUGCGACCAAGGUCGAGGAUGCACCUAAGAGCCAGCCCCAGUCUCCAGUGGGCGAGAAGCGCCGUCACGAGUCGAUUGCCGAGAAGGACACCAAGAAGACGAAGAGGCGCAAGUCGAGCCAGCACCAGGAGAAGGCGACCACAAAAGUCACCGACAUUGCUUCUCUUCCGGAGAAGCAGCGCGGCAUCGCAGAGAAGCUGCAAGGGGACAUGGCGCCCUUGAUCACCGAGGCCUCUGAUGCCAGAGGCUUCCGUAUCCCUGACGGACAGACACCCAAGUCGCUCUCCACACGUUACGUUCUCCAGAUCUGCCAGGCUGCUGUCGAGCACCACGGCGAGCCAUCCGGCCCCAACUCUCCGUUCGCUGAACGCCUUCGCACCAUUUUGUUCAAUAUCAAGAAGAAUACCUUCCUCAUCGACCGUCUUUUAUCUGGCAGCCUGAAGGCUGAUGAGCUGGCUACAAUGGCAACUGAGGAGAUGGCGAGCGAGGAGAAGCAGAGAGAAUACGCUGCAAUGAGAGAGGCCGCUGAGAAGCAGCUGAUCUUGACCGAAGAGACAGCACCUCGAAUGCGCAAGACACACAAGGGUGACGAGAUCGUGGAUGAUGAGAAUGCAAACGACAACACUGAGUUCCGCGCACCACAAUUGAGGGAGCGGGAAAUUGAAGACGAAGAACAAGGCAUACGACCCAACUCUCCUGGGCGUGAUCGUCCCGCGCAAACUCCAAUCGAUGCUACCCAACCUCUUUGUGUCGACAUUGCCAGUGCGCAGCGCCCAUCGACGAACUUCGACAUCAACUCGGUCUUUGAUAAAGUUCGAUCGCCGCAGAGCAACCAGCAUGCCUUCAUUCCCCGCAGACAGAGCUCAAUCCAGGAAAAGCCCCAACAGUCUGUCGACGAUGCGGAUGUUGAUCGCCUGCUCAAGGACGAAGACAACGACGUGGAGAUGUCUGGAUACUCGACUGACCCCACUGUCUGCUGGCAAGGCUCUAUCAGCAUGCAGUCCAUGGAGCCAUUCGAUGCCGUUGCCCGAUUUGUCGCAGGUGGCGAUUUUGGCCAAGUCGUGCCCUGGGAGAAGCUGCUCACGAAGCAGGUCUCCAUCCAAGGCCGUAUAGACCACGCUAAGGGCGAUGACUACAUUCGCGGCAUAGCCAGAUCGCAAAGCCAUGAGGUCGCUGUUCUGGCGAUCAGUCCUGUCACCUCAGAAGGCCGAACAGUGUUUGAUCACCUGUAUGAGUACUUCCACUCUCGGCAACGCUGGGGUGUCGUUCCCAUCGACCCGACACAUGAGAUUUUGCGCGAUCUCUACCUUAUCCCUGUCGAAGCUGGUGGCAGCAACUUGUCUCCCUUCAUCGAUAUGCUUGAGCACUGCACCAUCGAGACCCCCAGGAAGGAGCAUAUGUUGCUACUCACCCUGAUUGCCAAACUUCCUGAGGCCAAGUCGCAGCUUCCCCCCACAGAACCCUUUGAGCGCUACCCAGCGCAAGACGUCUCUGCCGGCCAGAUUGCUCAGCCUGCGCCACCGAUGGUUGCAUCCCAAAAUGGCCCUCCAAACGGUCCCAGCCCGUCGCCAGUCACCACAAACCCGCACGCACCACAGUACUCGCCAAUGAGCAACAACUUUUCACCUGUACCGUAUGGCAACCCCUACGCUGCACCUCCCAUGGCCCCUGUACUGCCCCAGCCCCAACCCUCGGCAAACGCCCCGGCUCAUCACCGCAUCCCCAAGGCCCUUGAGAUGCUUGGCCCUUAUAUCGAUUCUCCUGUUGUGAUCCAGAUGCUAAACAGUUUUAGCACGAACGAGGCAGUGGCCCAGAAACAGAUGUCAAAUCUCAGGGAUAUCUUUGACCAAGUGCCUGAGGCGCGGGACAACAUGCAGGUACUAACCGAUCAUCUACAGCGCAAGAGUGAGCAGUCGCGACAGGCUCAGCAGCAGAACGCGUCCUAGAGGAGGCAUGUUUUGCUCCUGGGGUCGAAUGGAUCGUCGUCGAUAUACGUAGAGUUUGGUGCGCUACAGUCGGAGCUCGCAGCGAUUAAGAGAAAAGUGCACGUCUCGGCGGCGGCGAGGAGGUCCGCUCAUGAAGGGGACUGGCAUUCUUGGGCUAAACUAAAAGAGGAGCAAAGCGAGUGAGCAUGCCGGGGCAGCGGGAGGAGGUCGUUCUUUGCACAUUGUUUUCGUCUUGAUACCCCAUAUGGAGCGGCGAUGGGGGCUCUGUGUCGAUGCGUAUCGCUUUGGAUAUUGAAAUGUUAUUGGUACUGUACACACUUUUCACUCUUCUCUAUUUUUCUG